AACAUACACAAUUUAAAAAUGAUGAAUGUUUCAAAAUGUAGUAAAUGUUAAAAUGUUCCAGAUGAUAUCUUAAUGUUAACAUGUAGUCAUGAUUUAUGUUUAUUAUGUGCAGCUAAGUCAUUUUCACAACAACCACCUAAAAGAAGCAAAAAAGUAAUAUAUAUUUUAGUAAUUGAAUAGUUUUUUGUUUGUGAUAUAUGUUAAUCUAAUACAGAAUUAGAUGCCAAUAGUGUUUAUGAAUUAGAAAAAUUACAUUUAACCAAUGCUUUAUAAGAUAGAUCAAAUCGUAAACCUGCUUCAUAAUAGAAACCUAAUAUAUCUUCUGAGAAAUAACUUAAACCUCGUUCAUAAAACAGAUAAGAUAACAAAGAGAAUCCAAAAGAAAAACCUAUUAAAUAUACUGCUUAAACAAUUGAAGCUAGAGUUUCUAUACAUUAAUCUUAAAGACAUAUGAGUAAAUAACAGAGUGAAAAUUCAUUCAUCUAACAUUCAAGAGGAAUGUGUGUUGAUCAUCCUGAUGAAGAAGUCUCAUAUUUCUGUUUUGAUUGCAAUAGUAAAUGUAUUUGUCCAGAAUGCAUUAUACAUGGAAUUCAUAAGAAUCACGAAGUUAAAACAAUAAAGAAAUCAUAUCCAAUUGUUAGAAAAUAAUUAGAAGAAUAAUUAGAAUAAAAUAAUUAAUGUAUAAUCCAAGUUGAAAAUUAAAAGUAAGAGAUAGAAAAAAAAUAAAUAUAAUAAUAAGCUAUUUAAGAUCAUUUAAGAUUGCAAAUAGCUUAAGAAAUUUAAGUAUUUAUUUAAUAUUAAUCUAGGCUUUGCAUUAAUUAUUGAAUAGUAAAUAAAGUGAACUAUUAGAAAAAGUAGAUAAUUUACCUACAAUAAUUGAAUAAUAGGAUGGAUAUAUUAAUAGAUUAAAUGAGGUUGAAUUCAAGUUAUAAAAUUUUAAUGAAAAAAUUAAUGACAUAAUAGAUUCUAAAGAUGAAUGUGGAUUACUUAAUUAUUAUGGAUCAAUUUAUGGUCAACCAACACCACAAAUACCUCCACUUCCCAAUAUUAAAGAAGUCCAACUAUCAAAUUAAAUAUUUUCAUAAAUUAAUGAUGUAAAAAAGUUAAUUGGAGGUCUGGAUAUUGAUUGUAAUUAAUGA